AUGCAAGAGGCGAACAAGCUAAUUCUUCUAGGAAAUGAUAGCAUCCCCUAUUCAAAGAGAGUUGAACUUGCUCUCAAGAUCAAAGGCGUACCUUUCGAGCUUGAGCAACAAGAGUCCAUUGCUUCUCCAACACAACCCAGUUCUCAAAAGAGUACCCGCGAUUCACAACCCAGUAGAGCUACUCUGGAAUCACUUGUCAUCAUUGAAUAUAUUGACCAAACUUGGAAGCAAGAACCAAAAUUCUUGACAGAAGAUCCCAAUGAAAGAGCCAGAAUUUUGUUCAUUUGUGCUCUCCAGAUUUUCAGUUGUUUGACAGCAUAUCCAAGAUCAUGGUUACCCAGGAGAAAGCGUGUGAGAAAGAUUAGUCGUGCUGGAAGAAGGAAUGGGAAUUAUCUUCACGAAAUCCAUGGGGAAGAUCGAGGUGUUGUAGGUUGCAACACUAUAUGCUUUGCUUUCAAGGCUCAAGAAAAG